AUGGCUUUCCACUGGAAGUUUUCUAAAAUGCAUACCGCUACAAAAUGGACUAUUCACCUCGACUUUAUAGAGUCGUCAAAAGGGUUUUCCAUUUUAGAUGGUUACCUUGUACCAGUUGAAUCGUCUAAAGUCCUGCAUUUAUGCCGUGAUAUUCCAGAAGGGGUGAAAGACGAUACCUGGGAUUUGAGCAUCACUAAUGCCCCUGUAAGCAAACGUGCUUGGAUUGUUCAAGAGCGUUUUCUAAGCCCACGAAUUCUUUAUUUUGUAGAAGGGGAGCUCUUCUGGGAAUGUGCUGAAUUGUGUGCCUCAGAAUCUUGUCCGUUCGGAAUCCCCAAUUUCGAGGAGACUUCACGAAGUUGCUCCCCCUUAGAUAACGCUCUCCGAAUUUGGUACAACUCAGUAGAGAUUUAUACAAAGGCAAAUCUAACCAAAGCUUCCGACAAACUUGUUGCCAUUUCCGCCAUAGCAAGAGAACUGAAACCUUCAAUGAAAUCUAGAUAUUUUGCUGGUCUUUGGAGAGAUAAUCUCGUCCCCCAGCUAGCAUGGAAUUGUUUCCGUGAAUACGGCAGCACACGUGAAUUUAACUACCCUCGCGAGGUUGUAUUCGUUAAUGGUGGCGGAGCUACGAGGGUCUGGUUAUACGGGGAUGAGUACGAUAUGAGACUUACCAGAUCUACGAACCAUUUGACGUGUCUGCCUCUUGAUAUUCGCCGAUUAGGAGGACUGUGCUUCAACGGACUUAUCCUCGAAUGCGUCGACGUCGCAGAGAACGUCUAUCGCCGCAUUGGGGUAUUGUCCAAUACUCGAUGUUCAUCAUCUUCAAACCUUACCGAUGAAGAAUUUUUCAAAGAUCCAUUGAUCUCUGCUAUCAAGAUAUUCGAGAAGAGAAAAGAUGGUGUACCGUUUUCCAAAAGAGAAUCUUCGUUCUUGAGAGAGAUUAUGAUGGUGAUAUUGGAAUUGCUUGAGAGAUUGGAGCUAGUAAGGUUAUACAAGUCUAAUACCCUCUUUUUGGGCCACCCUUAA